CGCGCCAAGAAAAGGCCGAAAGAAAGGCAAGGAGAAGAUGCAGCUGACGAGGAUGUGCCGCAAUCUUCUCGAUGCCAGCCCAACUCCCGGUGCUGUGAGUGCGCCGAGCAGAUCUGAGCCUGUGAUGCGCAUGAAUCCAUGGACCUUGGCGAGAGCCGUCAGCAAGGCCGCCAAGUAUGCAAGAUGCAACCAUCACGCCAGCGACUCACCGAUGGUAUGCUGUGGUUUGUGUUGGUAUGAAUCAUGUCUGUGUGUGUGCAGGGAGAACAUUCGUGAGGUGUCAUUGUGGAAGGGCUUUGCAGCGCGGGCCAAGGAGGUGUCGGCCAAGCUGCAGCCGACAGACAUGUCCAUGAUCCUAUUCGGAUUCGCCAGGAUGCGAUACAGAGGCGCGUGACUGUUCACCUCACAACCAGACCGACACACACAUAACCGGAGGCAUCCCUUCUCCCAUUCUUUGUCCGUUUGUUCAGAUCGUGAGUUGAUGUCUUUGAUGGCCAAGGAGCUGGUGCCGAUGCUGCCCCUGUUUGCCGCCUCUGACAUCGCCUUCUUCCUCUCGUCCUAUGCGCGGCUGCAGCUGCAGAACGCCUUCCUCUUCAACAUAUUCGCCCGUGAGGUGGCCAGGAAGGUACACGACUUCACGCCAAGAGAACUCAGGUCAGUAACAAACUGACAACGGAGAGAGCGGAGGAACGGGGAAGUGUCUCUGUGUGUGUGUGUGUGUGUGUGUGUGUGUAUGCAGUGAGGUCGUGUAUGCGUACGCUGUAGCCCAGUUCCACCCCCCCCUGAUGUUCGAUGUCAUCCGCAAACGCAUGUUUGAGGUCGCCAGGCACAUGGAGCCAUGGUUAGCAUCAUCAUAUCCCAGACAGACACAUACGUGUGUAUAGGCAUUUAUUCGGCUUCUCCCUGUGUGUGUGUGAAGGCACCUGACGCUUGUGGUCAACGGGUAUGCGCGUCUGGGUUUGCUGGACACGCGGCUGUUCGCCCUGCUGGCUACUGAGAUAUCCCGGCAGAUCGGCGCCUUCCCUGCACGGCCGCUUGCACUCAUCGCCAAUGCAUACGCCAGGCUGCGAAUAGAGUGAGUCAGUGAGGGAACAACGAGAUGCUCCAUCGGUCGGCCGGUGGGUCGCUCGCUUGUGUGCAUAUUUUAUGUGUGUCCAGGAAUCGGUUUCUGUUGGAGGUGUUGGGCGAUGAGAUAUUUCGGAAGAGGGCAGACCUGUCGCCUCAGGUAGGGGGCCGCCUAAGGGAGAGCCAGGGGAGAGCCAGGGGAGAGCGGUCUGCAUAGGAUUGCUGUUUGUUUGUGUGGUUGAUCCGGUCGAUUAGGGUGUUGCGUUGGUGGUGAAUGCCUAUGCACGGCUCAACAUCGUCAACCCUGUCCUAUUCGACUACUUCGCUGACGUGAGGCGACGUCAGCAAAAAGACCGAAAGAUCGACAGACCACCGUCAAGUCUGGCUGUGUGUGUCUGUGUAUCAGGCGGUUCCAGCGAGGAUGUCGGAGUACCAUCUCCACUCUCUGUGUCUGAUCGGUGCGGCCUAUGCUCGGCAGCAGCACACCGCCCCCCGGCUGUUCGAGGCCAUGGGCGAGCGGAUCGGGCAGCUCUCGGCUGAGCUGUACCCGAGAGCCGUCGCAUCGUGUGUCUUCUCCUUCGCACAGGUGGCUGACUGACAUACACUCACAUCACAUACACUUUCGCACUGAGUAUUUGUGUGAAUGAAUGAGUGGACGUAUGUGUGAUGUGAUGUGUGUGUGAUUGUCUGUCUGUCUGUUUCCCACUCAGCUUGGUGUCCGUCACGGCCCCCUCCUCUACCACGCCCCCAUCCAUGCCGAGCGAUUCGCGUCAUCCUACACCUGCGACGAGCUCGCCAUGCUGGCACAGUCCUACGCCCACCUCUCCAUCAACAACACCACCCUCUUCCAGACCAUCCUGGGCCAGAUGCACCGUUUUGCGAUGGUGGCCAUCGAUGUCAGUGGCACAGAAGACAGCUCCGAUUACCAUGGCGAGAAGGCCUUCGCCAGCCAGCCACAGGGGGAGGUUAAAGGCAGCGGGGCCGUGCGAGAUGGGCAGGAGUACGUGGAUGCGAUUGCCCGGUCGGAGGGCACGAGUGAGGGGCGGACUGCCCCGCCGUGUCGGGUGGUGUCCCUCGUGUGGCUGCUGCAGGCCUUCGCGAAGCUCCACAUAUUCGAUGACCAGGUCAGGGGGACUGCUCCCAAGAGACACAGCCGGGCAGUUUCUUGUUGCUUACGUGUGUUGUGUACGUGUGUGUGUUCAGGCAUUUGACAUUCUGGGUGAUCAGUUGGGCCUCCGUGUGGAGGAGCUGACGCCCCCAAUGAUAGCACACGUGCUGUACUCGUUCGCCCAGUGCACCUACUUCCACCCGAGAGCCCUCAGUGCCAUCGUCAACCACCUCCAGGUACUCACAUCACAUCUGCUCUAUUCUACCGCCUGAAUAUCAUCCCAUCUCCAUCCAUCCAUCCAUCCAUCCAUUGGCUGCGCAUCCAUCGUCCAUCUUGGUCCAUUCAGUUGCACCGUGCGUCUCUUCACGAGUUCGGCCAGGAGGAGCUCGAUCUGGUCCGUGUGUCGCUGAUUGCCCUCGGCUGCUCAGUCGACAUGACUCACCAGCACUCGCCCGAGCCCGUCUUCACCUACCGGCCCCCAUCGCACCUGCAGCUGGCGACGACAGACGGGGCGGGGGAAGGGGCGGAGGUGGAUGCGCCCGUGCACAUGAAUUUCAACGUGGUGCUGCCGUCCUCAGUGCCGCACAAGAGGUUCCAGGCACAAACCAUUGAACGGCCCCCCUUCGUGCUGCCUGACGUGGGAGCAGCCCAGGGCACAGGCCAGGGGCAGCAGCAGCACGACGCCAAUAAAUGAACUGUGUGGGUGGCCUGGCAGUGCAUGCCGGGCAUGGACGCAGAUAGAUAGAUGGGUGGAUGGGUGCAGGUGUGGUGGGGUGGGGUGGCUGCGGCCCAUGUCGAUAUGAAUG